UCAGGAGCUGCAGGAUGCUAUAGAGAGUCUGGUCGACCAGAAGAGAAGAGGUCUACAGGAAGCUGACAAACUGGACCACAUCAACUUCACUGCAGACCUCAUCUUUGCACAGAGCCACGGGGAGCUGUCAGCUGAGAAUGUGAGGCAGUGUGUAUUGGAGAUGGUGAUAGCAGCUCCAGACACUCUGUCCAUCAGUCUGUUCUUCAUGCUGCUGCUGCUCAAGCAGAACCCUGACGUAGAACUACAGCUCCUAGAAGAGAUAGACACUGCUAUAGGUGAUAGGGAGCUCCACAACUCUGACCUGCAGAACCUAAGGGUCCUGGAGAGCUUCAUCAAUGAGUCCUUAAGGCUCCAUCCCGUGGUGGACUUUACCAUGCGCCGGGCACUGUCUGAUGAUGUCAUCAGUGGCUACCGGGUGCCGAAGGGGACAAACAUCAUUCUGAACAUGGGCCGCAUGCACAGAUCAGAGUUCUUCCUCAAGCCCAAUGAGUUCAGUCUGGACAACUUUGAGAAAAAUAUACCUAAUCGUUUCUUCCAGCCUUUCGGGUCCGGUCCUCGAUCCUGCGUUGGCAAGCACAUCGCCAUGGUGAUGAUGAAAUCCAUCCUGGUUACGCUGUUGUCACGGUACUCUGUGUGUCCUCAUGAGGGCCUGACCCUAGACUGCCUCCCACAGACAAACAACCUAUCACAGCAGCCCGUGGAGGAGGAGGGGGAGCCUCACACCAUGAAGUUCCUCCCACGACACCAAGCCAGGAAGCAGUCUUAGAGCAGGGCUCAGACACUGGUAUUGCAUCCCAAAUGACAACCUAUACCCUCUGUAGUGCAAUACUUUUCACCAGGGCUCACAGGACUCUGGUCAAAAGUAGUGCACUAUGUAGGAAAUGGGGUGGUAUUUGGGACAAAGAUUGCAUUUUAGGGCUAAUCUUAAAUUAAUACUUACUUCCCAUAUAUGUAAUAUGUCAGUAUUUUAUUCAUAUUUGUAUGUUCGUUAUUUUGUACUACAAGUUAUUUUGUGACGUUUUCUAUGAUAAUAGGUUAUGUUCCACGAGCACAUGUCUUUGUAACCAAUGGUAUCUGUAAUAAGAAAGGCUUGUUGAUUCACACACCAUUGUAAUUAUAGAACCUGAACUGUACAUUCACACUUUUGAAACUAAAUGACACUGAAGUGAA